AAGUGUAAUCUGAACUGAUUUGAAUAAUAACAACAAUAAAAAAAAUCAGAUGUGAUAAUGAUGAUGGGUUCAGUGCCCAUCAAAAUGAGAAAAAAGACCAUUUGCAUAUCAGGUCUCAUCAGUGCUCUACACCUAACGUCCUUUAUCUCUUUUAUCCUGCAGCUCCUUAAUGCACCACYCAGAGGAUAUUUGGGCUGGAAAUAAAACCAGCAGCAGAACCUGCAGCUCCUGGGAACAUUCAAAAAGCUCUGUCCUCAGUCUUUGGCUGUUAGGAGUCCAUUUCAGUCUCCACAGCUGUUGAGCUACCCCUCGUACGUGCUCAAACCCGGAGAGACAGAAAGAGCAGAGGAGGAGAGYAGAGAAGCAAACGUCCGUCUUUUUUGCUCUGCAGACGCAUCAGCUCAAGGAUUUCCCUCUAACUUUUUUCUUUCUUUUUUUUUUUCCUUCUCAGGGUUUGUCCCCCCACCCCUCGUCGCAUUCCUUCAUCCCUCCUAAUUUGAUUUUUUAAAAUUAUUACUGGAAUGAACAGUUUUCCUGUCUGCGUCGUUUCCAUGUCAGCAUGGGAACCACCGUCUCCAAGAGGAAGAAUUUAAGGAACGAUGCGAUUUCUUCMGUGGCAGCAAAAGUUAGAGCAGCACGAGCAUUUGGAGAGUACCUGUCCCACACUCACCCUGAAAACCGAAACGGAUCAGCUCACCUUCUGUGUGAAUCGUUGGUGGGUCCUGAUCCAGAGUCGCCAACCGACCCAGUUGGCCCUGACAGUAACGCUCACGUCAAUCCCUGCUCCACCACCAAAAACUGUAAGACAAAACAAGAGGUAGCUAAAGAGAAACUGGCCUUUAUCCAGCCUCCUGCCCGCUCCGUCGCCAUUUCCACCAAGCCUGGGUGUCUGUCGCUUGAAAGCAGCUUCACGGCGGAGGAAGAGCAGAAGAAGUCCYUAGAGUGCGCCCUGCAGCCCGCCCGCGUCUACACCAUCACCACCCAACACGGUAUGUUGAUGAGCAYCAGCCGGGACAGCAAAGAGAGCCUAGAACUGGACGUCUUAAAGGAAAAGUCGGGGAGCGGUGGGUCUAGAGGUGGCUCGGUCCAGCCCUCCACCUCCCCGUCCUCCGUCACUUCGUCUCCAACCCAAUGCAACCGUUCGAGCAGUGGCCGCGGCGCAAACAACUGCAGCGGCGGACACCAUCACCACUGUAACCACCACCACCAUCACACCGCCGCUCUCACCAACACCCCUGCUAGCAGCGGAGGAGUAAGCGGGGCGGGUGGGAGCAGCAGUAGCAACCAGCAGCAGCAGCAGCAAAUACCUGUUGCAGGGCCCCACUCCCAUCAUGCAGUGCACCACCACCACCACCAUCUGUCCCAGCCGCCUCUGCAGACCUCAGUCAGCGCCCACAACAUCCGCAGCCUGGGAGACACUGGGAAAGGCGAGGCGGAGUACCGGGGGAUGGCUUGUGAGUCCUGCAGCGGUACGCCAUCUCGCAGCCAAGGCUCUCUAGACCUGGAGAGCACAUCCCGAGACCAAGGCAAGCAGCACCGACGCCUAGAGCGGAUGUGGAGUGUGGACCGGGUGACUGGGCUGGAGAGAGAAGACACAAACUGGUUCCCCAAGGAAAACAUGUUCUCCUUUCAAACAGCCACAACAACUAUGCAGGCGAUAUCGGCUUUCCGGGGAUUUGUGCAGAGAAAAAGGAGGGAGAGGGAACAGGAUUCUGCAGAAGUCACCCAGAGGAACUUCCGGAAGCAUCUUCGGAUGGUGGGCAGCAGAAGGAUUAAAGCACAGAGUGGAGACCUGCAGACCUCCAGCGGCACCCUGGAGGAAGGGGGCCUCGAUGAAACCYUCGACUGGGAGGAGGAGAAAGAGAUGGAAAGACUGGCCUGUGAGGGGGARGACUUUAUUCCUCCCAAAAUCAUGCUGAUCUCUUCCAAGGUUCCCAAGGCAGAGUACGUUCCUACUAUAAUCCGCAGGGAUGAUCCGUCCAUCAUCCCCAUCCUUUAU